AAAAAAAAAAAAGAAAAUGGAAAUUACGGGUUAUCAUAAAGCAGUACAGUUGCGAGGAGAAGUCCCUCCUGUCAGUCAGCUUUGAACGAUCCUUUGAAGAUUCUACAGCGUUAGUGUAUACAAAUACAACCACAACUCCCUUACUUCCGCAUCAUCUUUUUACAACAUCGACACUUGUUAGUCUCUUUCCAUAGUUUCAGCUCUCAAAUGGCUGCGAAACACAAUCCUGGUGAACCUAAAGAUGAUGCCUCAUACACAAAAGGAGGGUCUCAAGCUAAUAUCUCCUUAGUCGUUUGCUUUGGAGAAAUGUUGAUUGAUUUUGUGCCAACAGUUGGUGGAGUUUCACUAGCUGAAGCACCCGCUUUCAAGAAGGCUCCUGGUGGUGCUCCUGCUAAUGUGGCUGUUUGCAUAUCAAGACUAGGUGGUUCUUCAGCUUUUAUAGGCAAGUUAGGUGACGAUGAUUUUGGCUAUAUGUUGGCUGACAUUUUAAAACAAAACAACGUUGAUAAUUCUGGUGUGCGAUUUGAUUCUAGUGCAAGGACUGCGCUGGCAUUUGUUACUCUCAGAGCUGACGGUGAACGUGAAUUCUUAUUUUUCCGUCAUCCGAGUGCAGACAUGCUUCUUCAUGAGUCAGAACUAGAUAUAAAUCUCCUAGAGCAGGCAAGGAUCUUUCAUUAUGGUUCAAUUAGUUUGAUUGCAGAACCAUGCAGGUCAGCUCAUCUUGCCGCAAUGAGGAUUGCCAAAAACUCUGGCAGCAUCCUUUCUUAUGAUCCAAAUUUGAGAUUGGCUUUGUGGCCAUCAGCAGACGCUGCUCGGGAAGGCAUAAUGAGUAUCUGGGAACAAGCUGAUGUUAUUAAGAUAAGUGAGGAGGAAAUCACAUUCUUAACUGGAGGUGAUGAUCCUAAUGAUGAUAAAGUGGUCUUAAAGAAGCUUUUUCAUCCUAAUCUGAAGCUUCUGAUUGUAACUGAAGGCUCAGAGGGCUGUAGAUACUACACGAAGGAGUUUAAGGGCAGGGUAGCUAGUGUUCAAGUGAAACCUGUUGACACAACUGGUGCAGGUGAUGCCUUUGUCGGUGGGAUUCUCAGCAGCCUAGCUGCUGAUACAAGUGUUCUCAAGGAUGAGAAGCGCUUAAGAGAGGCUCUUCUUUUUGCAAAUGCCUGUGGUGCUGUCACUGUAACAGAGAGAGGUGCAAUCCCUGCCCUACCCACCAGAGAAGAUGUCCUCAAACUCUUAGAGGAAGUCCUUGCAUGAUAUAAACUGUGACAAGAUAUUCAUUUUCUUUCUUGUAUUUAGCUGCUUAUUUUAAAGUCCUUCAUAGUUAAACAACCUUUUUGCCCCAUUUAUUCUUGGCUUGCUUCAUUUCUUCUAUAUACCGACGAGCAAAAAAGGGUUGUAAUAAGGGCGCCCCCCUCUCUCUCUCUCUCUUUUCAGCUGGGCCUUUUUUGGUCUCUAAUGUUGUAGAUUUGUUCGUUUACUAAAACGUUGACAGUAAGUUUGAUCUCAUCAUGGAUAUAUUCAUACAUGUUACCAUUACAAGCAUUGGAGCUAAUACUCUGGGUUUUGAAUGUUUCGUGA